CGGACCGUGUUCUUGGAACGGAAAAAGCGUCAGAGUGAAACGGAAAAGAGGAAGAAGCAUCAGGGAGAGAAGACGGAGGGAGGAGGCCGUAAACACAGGCCAGAACAGCCGAUAGGACGGCACACAGGCGACCACCGACCCCCCACACAGCCGCCCCCCCGGACACACACACCGCCUCCGGGGCCUCCUCAUCCGCAUCUCCAUCCUUCAGCUGCGCCUUCGGAUCCACACAGGGAUGCGUCUGUGUCCGCGGCACCGGCGUUCGGACCCAUAAACGGACGGACGGACGGAGCAGGCGGAGCCGACACCGAGGCCCACCGGAGCCGCACACAGACCCAGGAGCACCGACCCACCGACCGGAGCACCGGUCCGGUUCCGAGCCCACUCCAGCAUCUCUAAUGCCGUCCUAGAGGACUGGCAUCAGCACCAGCAUGGACCUCUGAAGAACCAGGACCCACGCACCCAUGGGAUGAAGAUGCGGCGUCACAGGGUGUUCUUGCUGUGCACGGUGGGCCUGUGUGUCAUCUCCUUCCUCCACUACUAUAAGGCCCUCCACUACGUCUCCCUCCUACGGGAGCUGUCGGCCCCCUACCCCAACAUCAAGUCCUUCAUCAUGGUCACCGGCUUCUUCUGGAGGGAAAAAGGUGUGGCUUCCACCCCGCUCAGCCCCGCCUCCCCUGAGGAGACCCCUCCUUUACCCAUUCUCCACUCGUCAGAUACCAAAGACAGAGGCGUGGCCGAUCCGGUGGGAGGGGGGGGAGGGGGGAUGGGUCUGGGGAAAGAGCGGGUCCUUCCUGGUGGGGCCGAUAUUGUCGGCAGCGCGGGGCUGGACAUGAGACUGGGGGAGGAACCGGCACCCCCCCACCCCUGGAAGAAACCGGACGAGAACCGGCAAGGAGAACCCGUCAAUGAGGAGAGACCUCAGGACGGUUCGAAGGUGUGGGGUCCCAGCCGUCCGGCCCACCCCGCUGCUGAGGCUCCAGUGGGUGGGAAACAACACCAGGCCAUCCUGGUGAAGGAGGACUUCGCAGACCCCUUAGAGUCCAUGGGGAACCUGCACACCCUGACCCACCAGCUGCAGGACGACAAAACACCGUACUUUGUCCGAACUAAAGUGGGAGCCCUGUGCUUCAGGCAGGGAACAGAGGUAGCCACACCAAAGGAGUACUCUGGGAAAGCGGGGGGCUCAGCGGUCAGCGGAGCCGGGGAAGGGGCCGCAGCUUUGGCCGCCGGACAGCGCAGACCUCUGGAGGCCCAGCCGCAGCCGUCCGGCCCCCCGAAGGCCAAGGUCCGGUCCAGGGGCGGCGGGAAGCGCCUGGUCAAGUGUGUGUGUCGGCCUGGGUGGCACGGCCCCUACUGUGGGGUUCCCACCAUGGUGUACCACUCCAACCUGCCCACCAAGGAGCGCCUGACGCCCAGAGAGACGCCACGAAGGGUCAUCAACGCCAUCAACGUCAACCAUGAGUUCGAUCUGCUGCACGUACGCUUCCACGAACUGGCCCAGGCUGUGGACCUGUUCCUGGUGUGUGAGUCCAACUUCACCGCCUACGGAGAGAAACGACCUCUGAGUUUCCUGCGGCUCCUCCUCAAUGGUACCUACGACUACAUCCGCCACAAGAUCUUGUACGUGUUCCUCGAUCACUUCCCAGAUGGCGGUCGCCAGGAUGGCUGGAUCGCCGAUGACUACUUGCGUACCUUCCUGACACGAAAUGGCAUGUCCCGAAUCACUGGUGUAAGGUCAGAUGACAUUUUUGUUAUCAACGAUGCUGAUGAAAUCCCAGCACACGAGGGCCUCCUCUUCCUCAAACUGUUCGAUGGCUGGACGGAGCCUUUUGCCAUCCACAUGCGCAAGUCACUCUAUGGAUUCUUCUGGAAACAGUUCGGCUCAUUAGAGGUGGUGUCGGGCUGCACAGUGGGAAUGCUUCGUGAUGUCUACGAUGGCGACGGUAUCAAGCUUCGUCGUCGUGAAUACUAUACCAUGCCAGGCUUCCGCAAGUAUGAGAAUGACACGGGACACAUCCUGGUGCAGUGGUCCGUGGGUAGCCCCUUCCACUUUGCUGGCUGGCACUGCUCCUGGUGCUUCACACCUGAGGGCAUCUAUUUCAAGCUAGUGUCAGCGCAGAACGGAGACUUCCCACGAUGGGGCGACUAUGAGGACAAGCGCGACCUCAACUACAUCCGAGAUCUGAUCCGGACGGGGGGUUGGUUUGACGGCUCCCUGCAGGAAUAUCCCCCAGUGGACCCUAAAGAACAUAUGUAUGCACCCAAGUACAUGUUAGAGCACUUUGACAGGUACCGCUACCUCCUGGAGAACCCUUACAACAAGGUGUCCAAACUGAGCGACGGGUAGGAGUUCAGCAUACGGGGAAUGUUUGUGAAGUAACUGGUAAGUCCUGAGUGAGGCCUCGGCACUGAGUUUUGGGGCAGAAUGGUACUGAUACUCUUUUGGAGUGAUACUAAAUGGAUCUUCCAGGGAUGGAAAAUAUCAUCAUCAGUAACAUUAUCAUUUUGGGAUGUAAAACACUGACUCGCAUCCGUCGUGGAUUUAAGGAGACAGCAUUGAGAGGAUACAACCACUGGAAACCACCCAUAGAUGUCCUGAGUUCCCCUCUUUGAGGACGUCGUCCUGCCCUUGUCCUCACUUUGAACACACUGGCUGCCUGACAGAGGAUGUUCAACCAGGAUGUUUUUCAGGCGUAUGUAACAAGUGCAAAUGGGAAACGUUCACUUUUUGUUUCUGUGAGUGUUGGCAAAGUUGGAAUGGCUCGUCUGAUGUUAUUGCGCUACCCACCAUUUUCAGAUGUCUUCCUGUCAUAUUUGGUGACCUUCCAAAAUGAAAAAAAGACUGUCCUGCCCUGUCCAACGGACCACUAUGGGAUCUUAUUACAGAAAAAAUAUGUAACAUAGUGAAUGGUGAGAAACAAAUUCAUUUUGAAUCCUUUUGAAUCCUUUGAAUUUAUUACAGAUGUGAUAUUUCUCAAUGUCAAAGACAUAAUGACCUUGUUAUAACACUAUUAAGUCUACACACCAAAUGGAAGUCACAGAUCUGCUGAUUAUUCACAGACCACAGAGCCUUUAUUUUAUCUUUUAUAUAUUUAUUUGUAAAUGAUGUCAUAAUUCAAAUGAAAUCAUAAAAGGAUGAGCCUCUCACCGCUGAUUGCCGUACAUAUUUGUUUUCCCAAAGGUCCCAUGGAGCUCAGUGGAAGGGGCGGGACUUAGUCUGUGGAUACGUCAUUUUGGGUCUCAGUAGAACAUAGGGAAUUCUGCAGUAUUUAAAGCAACACCAUGGAACUUUUGCUGGCAGGGUCCCCCUAAAGUCAGGAAACGGUAUUGUCUGUAACAACUGCCGUAAAACCUGAAUCUCAUUUGUUGACAAGCCAUUGAUGCCGGCAAACGUCCUGAGGCAAGACAGUUAAUGUGCAGUGGAUCCUUUCUAGUCCACCAGUACCAGGUCCAGGUCUCCAUGGGCAGAGCAUCCUUCCUCCUCUUCCAAUCACAGCUGGUCCAAUAUUCCCCCUAGCCCCUCCUCUUCUUUGGUCCCUCCCAGUCUGUCUUGUCUUUGUCUCUGUGGACAACACUAGGGCUGAGUAUCAUGGCCAAUUUUCUUCAUCGAUUCGAUUUUGAUUCAUAAGGUUCUGAAUCGAUUAAUUGCGAUUCGAUUCGAUUCAGUAUUAAUUGAUUAAUUCAGAUUCAUUUAGUGAUACCAGAGUACAAUUUUGAGUUGUA